UUUUUUUUUGUUCAUUUUCUGUGUAGAUUAGAGAUGAUGUCGCUUACUCCUGAUCAACUUAGAAAAGUAGGCAUGGGGGUAGCCCCAUCUCCGCCGGCGUUUUACACUCCUAGACCAGAACGGCGCCGCGCUGACUCCAGAUUGUUCGAAGCCAACUGGAAUCGACAGGACAAAGAUCGGGAAGUCAACGUUCAAGUUCUCCUCAGAUGCAGGCCAUUAAGUGAAGACGAGCAGAGGUCGAAUGUGCCAAAGGUGAUAACAUGUAAUGAGCACAGAAGAGAAGUCACUGUGCUGCAAAGUGUUGCUAACAAACCAGUAGAUAGAGUUUUUACCUUCGAUAAGGUUUUUGGGCCCAAAGCACAACAAAGAUCAAUAUACGAUCAAGCCAUUGCCCCUGUUGUAAAUGAAGUUCUUGAAGGCUUCAACUGCACUGUCUUUGCAUACGGCCAGACUGGCACUGGCAAAACAUAUACAAUGGAGGGAGGGAUGAGGAACAAGGGUGGUGAAUUGCCUGCUGAUGCUGGUGUUAUUCCAAGAGCAGUUCGCCAAAUUUUUGAUACACUGGAGGCUCAAAAUGCUGACUAUAGUGUGAAAGUGACAUUCUUGGAACUUUACAAUGAAGAAAUUACUGAUCUUUUGGCUCCUGAAGACUUCUCUAGGAGUUCUGAAGAUAGACAAAAGAAACCCAUUUCCUUGUUGGAGGAUGGAAAAGGUUGUGUGAUAGUGAGAGGCCUUGAAGAAGAAGCAGUAUACAGUGCGAAUGAAAUUUAUAAUCUCUUGGAGCGAGGAGCAGCCAAAAGGCGUACAGCCGAUACCUUGUUAAAUAAGCGCAGCAGCCGUUCCCAUUCUGUGUUCACUAUAACAAUCCAUGUUAAAGAAGCAUCCGUGGGAGAUGAGGAGCUCAUUAAAUGUGGCAAGCUUAAUCUUGUUGACUUGGCAGGGUCAGAAAAUAUUUCUCGUUCAGGUGCACGAGAGGGUCGUGCAAGGGAAGCAGGAGAAAUAAACAAGAGCCUACUCACCCUGGGCCGAGUAAUUAAUACCCUUGUGGAACACUCUGCUCAUAUACCUUACAGGGACAGUAAGCUAACAAGACUGCUAAGAGAAUCACUGGGAGGGAAAACAAAAACUUGCAUCAUUGCAACAAUUUCUCAAUCUGCUCAUUGUUUGGAGGAAACUUUAAGCACACUAGAUUAUGCCUAUCGUGCUAAAAACAUAAAGAACAAGCCGGAGGCAAAUCAAAAAAUGUCCAAGGCUGUGCUGCUCAAAGAUUUGUACCUAGAAAUUGAGAGAAUGAAACAAGAAGUUCGAGCAGCAAGGGAAAAGAAUGGUGUCUAUAUUCCAAUGGAAAGAUAUGCUCAGGAUGAAGCUGAAAAGAAGGCAAAGAAUGAGAAGUUAGAGCAGUUGGAGAUUGAUCUAAACCUCAGUGAGAAGGAAGUAGAUAAAUUUCGUGAGCUCUAUAUUACAGAGCAAGAAGAGAAAUUAGAGUUGGAUAGUGAGCUCAAAUGCUGUAAGUUAAACCUGGAAAAUAGUAACAAGGCCUUGGAGGAUCUUCAAGAGAAACAUAGGGUAGCCAUAGCCACACUCAAGGAAAAGGAGUUUAUAAUCUCGAAACUUCUCCACUCAGAAAAUUCUCUUAUCGAUCGUGCAAAGGGAUUACGUGCCAAUUUGCAAAAUGCAUCGGAGGACAUAUCCGCUUUAUUCAGAAAACUUGAUCAGAAAAAUAGAUUGGAAGCAGAAAACCAAGGGCUGCUUCUGAAUUUUGGUUCACAGCUUGAUCAAAGCUUAAAAGACUUGCACAAGACCAUCCUAGGGUCGGUUUCUCAACAACAGCAACAAUUGAGAUGCUUGGAAGAGCAUGCCUCUUCCUUUCUUGCCAGUAAAUACGAUGCAACUCAAAUACUGGAAUCCAGAAUAAAGAAAAUGGCAGAGAUAUAUACUUCUGGAAUGACAAUCUUGAAGGAGCAUGCCGAUUCACUAGAAACCAAGGCUUCUUCAGACUUGGAGCAGAUAAAGUCUACAAUUUCAGGCCAAAUAAGUGAACUUGAGAGUUUUAUCAAAUCUGUGGUUUCGGAGGCCAAUGACGUUAUUGGCGACAUCCAAAGUACUCUUAAUGAGCAAAAGCAGAUAUUAGCUUUCUUUGCUCAACAACAAGAAGAGGGAUUACAUCGAAGUAUGGCUUCAGCAGAAGAGAUUUCAAGAGCAACAUUUGAUUUCUUUAGUGACAUCAGUCAUCAUGCUUCUGAACUCACGACACUUCUUUACGAAAGCCAAAUUCAGAAGGCUCACCAACUGGAAACUUUUGAGAGGAUGUUUAAGGAAGAGGCUGCUAAAGAAGAGAAGCAGGCUAUGGAAAAGAUCGCAACAAUAUUGGCUUCUCUGACAGCUAAGAAAACAGCUAUGGUUUCAGAGGCAUCCAGGAACAUUGAAAACUCGACUAUACAAGGGAAUAAGAGAUUGCUGGAAGAAGUAUCGAGUAUGCAGCAAGUUUCAGGUGAUGCAAAGGAGGAGUUGAAGCUAUACUUGGAGCAGGUGAAACGGCAUUUCUUGGAAGACACAUUUACAUCCGCUGAAGCUAGAGCUACAAUGGGGAGUUGCCUCGAAGAGUGCACAAACAAGGUUGCUUACUCUAGGCAGCAGUGGGAAAAUGCACUGUUAUCCAUCAACCACCUCAAUAAUAGCAAUAUGGCAACGAUUGAAUCCACUGUAAACGGAAAAAUUUCUGCAAACCAAGCUGCACAUGGAGAAGUUAUCUCUACAGCCUCAUCUAUUAAUGCAGAAUUUGAAACCAAAGCAUGUGACACUCAGAGAGCUGUUAAUGAUUCACUGAUGCUGGACCAGGAAGCUAAGAAGAAGAUAGACUCCAUUUCCAUCUUGUGCUUUGAUCAGCUCAAGGGUAUAACUGAGAAUCAUUCUGAAAGCGUAAAAAUAAUAAGAAACCAAGCAGAGAAGUGUCUGAGAAAAGAUUACUUGGUGGAUGAGAAUAACAGCACAAGUGCGAUUAGGCAAGCAAUAGCAGUUCCUAGCUUGGCAUCCAUUGAGGAGAUGAGAACCCCUCCCGUUGGAGAUCUUAUAGAAAAAUUCACAUCAGAGAAGCAAUCGAAUUGCAACAAAAUCCAGCAGCCGUGUUUAGCAUCACAGAAUAGAAGCCCAUUCGCAGAUGUCAAUUGGUCUUGAUUAUUAGCAUCAUUGGAUGGAUGUGCAUUUAGACAUUAGAGACCUUUUUAUGGGAACCGAGAGCUCGAGGGCAGCUUCACAUGUUGUAUGUAUCAGAGUCUUAAAUCCAACUUAAGUCCACUGCAAACACACUCAUCAACUGAUGAGUGAUUUUUCCAUUUCACCAGCUCAGGAGAGUAUUGUGAAUAGAAUCUGGAAGAGGGCAAUAUUUGCUCUUCCAGAAGACUGUUUAGUCCAGAUAAAUCAUAUAACCUACUGUAAUACCUAUUUUUCUUAGGCUUUGGGUGAUUAUGUGUCACUUCUGAGUAAUGCAGAUUAAAGAAACCAUUUAUUGCCC